AUGAACCGAUCCACCUCGGCGAAUCUGCCGCAAGUGACGCCUCUGGUGAAUCCCAGCUACGGGGAGGAUCCAGAUCCCCCCACCAUCAUCAAAGGCAAGAGAAAUCCUUUUGGCCCCGUCAAGGGAGAGAGCUCCCAGCGACUCAAGACAAUCAGAGCGGGACUUGGCCCACCGCCGCUGCCACCACCGCUGGAGCUGACUUCCGAUGACCGGCCAGACGAGCAGCAGUACUUCAAACAUGAUGCAAGCUUCCCAACAUCCAUUCAACAGCCCGUACAGCAUGAGGCUACCCAUCGUGCUCCUACGAGCAGUACCGAUCUCUUGACGGCGGACUUCCAGGGAGGCUACCUAGAUUUGGUAUCAGGAACCUCGUUCAUCAACCGGGUAUGUCAGCGUCUCAACCAAGACAAGACGUCCACGGGUGCCGGACAAGCGUAUUCAAGCCUCUAUACGCUUGAUUUCACCCUUCCUCCAUUGGAGAGGGCACUGGAGAUGGUCGAAACGUACUUUGAAUAUGCAGUUGUGACCUACCGGUUCUUGCAUCGCGGUCAUGUCGAGCAAUGGCUUCGUCAGAUCUACCAGAGCAAUAUUUUGACGACAAACCUGCCCACAGACCUGAUGGUGGGGCGGUGCUGUAUUGUGUACAGUUUUCUUGCGAUUGGUACACUUUAUGAGAGGCGCGCUCCCGAGUCCGGCGUAGAUUAUGAUGAGCAGAGUCUCUACCUACUGGCGUCGUCCCGAGCCAGUGAGUGCUGGUUCGCGUUCGGCACCACCGUUCAGUUCUUGACCGCUCUUAACAUGCACCGCAAAUGGCCGUCCACUAUGGUUAAGGAGGGCAAGGGCACAUACAUUGAACAAGAACUUUGGAAGAGAACUUUUUGGAGCGUGUGCACAUUGGACAAGUAUCUGAGCGUGAUGUUCGGCCGGCCACGGUUGCUGCACGAUGAGGACUUUGAUCAAGAGCUUCCGGACGAGGUGGCGGAUCCAGACUUGUUGAUCAAUGAGCCGAGCAUGCGAUCUGGAGUGGCGGAUGAUGUGAUGAUUGCAUCCGUACUGCAUUACCGCCAAAAGACUCUCAUUCAUGGGUUUUGGUUUACCCAUUACGUGUGUUUCUGUGCCGUUACUGUGGUGUACAUCCACAUUAUCAAACAGUAUCAAGCUUCAUCGACGGGCGCUCCACCGAACAAGAAGGUGGAAAACAGCAGCCAGCUGCAAUAUCUGUUCAGCCUCGCAGAGACCUGCCAACAGCAUCUGAGGAAGGCCACCUCCCGGAGUAGUCCCAACCGUCGCUACGGCAUUAUUCUGGAGCAGUUGCGCCUGGAGGUCCACCGACAAGUCGUCUCCAGUCUCCGACCAGGCGCUCAAGUGGAGACAGAAGAUGACAGCCAUAAGGACCUUUCCAAAGCAGACAGUUUUCUUCCGCCUAGCUUCGAUCCCACCCCCGUUACCGCCGUCUCCCCGAAGCCGCAUAACAUGGCAUUCGAUGCAUUGCCAGCCGACCUCUUUGCCUCUCAUCUUGUGGACGACUCAAUCAAGUUAUACGAUAGUUUUGGUUUCCCGGAUAACUCCGAUACUUCGGCCUGGUGGGUACAACUAGACUCCUGGGCUUACACCGAUCUUUCUGAGGAACCUUCUAUCUUCCGGUUUUAG